UUUAGGACCAGUGUGAUUACCGAGCUGACAACAGAAACUGCAGUAAGUAAGUAAAGAACUUGUGAUUGGCUUUUUGUGGGACACAUCUACCGGAGGAAUAGCAAUUGUUGCCAUUAAGUGUUCUCAAGAAGUGAAAUGGCUCAUAGAGGAAGUCAAAGGGAUUACAGAAAAUUCUCUUGCUGCAUUUGCUUGGAUCUACUGAAGGAUCCAGUGACUAUUCCCUGUGGACACAGCUACUGUAUGAACUGUAUUAAAGAACACUGGGAUGGAGAGGAUCAGAGGAAAAUCCCCAGCUGCCCUCAGUGCAGGGAGACCUUCACACCAAGGCCUGUCUUGAAGAAGAACGUCAUGUUAGCAGAUUUAGUGGAAGAUCUGAAGAAGACUAGACUCCCAGCUGCUCCAGCUGGACCUGAAGAUGUGGCCUGCGAUGUCUGCAUUGGGAGGAAGAUGAAAGCUGUCAAGUCCUGUCUGGUCUGUUUAAUUUCUUAUUGUCAGAAUCACAUCCAACCUCACUCUAAUGUCCCUGGACUGCAGAAGCACAAGCUGGUGGAUCCCUCCAAGAACCUCCAUGAGAACAUCUGCUCUCGUCAUGAUGAGGUGAUGAAGAUCUUCUGUCGUACUGAUCAGCAGUGUAUCUGUUAUCUCUGCACUAUGGUUGAACAUAAAGGACAUGAAACAGUCCCAGCUGCAGCAGAAAGGGCUGAGAAGCAGAAGGAGCUCCAGGUGAGACGACAACAAAUCCAGCAGAGAAUCCAGGACCAAGAGAAAGAUGUGAAGCUGCUUCAACAGGAGGUGGAGGCCAUCAAUGUCUCUGCUGAUAAAGCAGUGGAGGACAGUGAGAAGAUCUUCACUGAGAUGAUUCGUCUCAUCCAGAAAGGAAACUCUAAUGUGAAGCAGGAGAUCAGAUCCCAGCAGGAAACUGAAGUGAGUCGAGUCAAAGAGCUUCAGGAGAAGCUGGAGCAGGAGAUCACUGAGCUGAAGAGGAAAGACGCUGAGCUGAAGCAGCUCUCAGACACAGAGGAUCACAACCAGUUUCUCCUCAACUACCCCUCACUGUCAGCACUCAGUGAGUCUACACACUCAUCCAGCAUCAAUAUUCGUCCUCUGAGAUACUUUGAGGAUGUGACAGCAGCUGUGUCAGAGCUCAGGGAGAAACUAAAGGACAUCCUGAGAGAGACGUGGACAAACAUCUCAUUGAAAAUCUAUGAAGUGGAUGUUUUACUGUCAGAACCAGAACCAAAGACAAGAUUCUUAAACUACUCAACAGAAAUUACUCUGGAUCCAAACACAGCACAUCGGAAGUUGUUAUUAUCUGAGGGGAACAGAAAAAUAACAAGAAUGAACCAGCAACAGUCUUAUCCUGAUCAUCCAGACAGAUUCACUGAUUAUAAUCAAGCUCUAAGUAGAGAAGUUUUGACUGGACGUUGUUAUUGGGAGGUGGAGAGGAGAGGGGAAGUUGAAGUAGCAGUUUCAUACAAGAACAUCAGCAGAGCAGGACGGUCAGAGGAAUGUUUAUUUGGAGCUAACGAGAUCUCUUGGUCAUUGUAUUGUAAGACAGACUGUUAUGAAUUUUGGCACAACAACAUAAAAACUCCCGUAUCAGGUCCAGUUUCCUCCAGAGUAGGAGUGUACCUGGAUCACAGAGCAGGUAUUCUGUCUUUCUACAGCGUCUCUGACACCAUGACUCUCCUCCACAGAGUCCAGACCACAUUCACUCAGCCGCUACAUGCUGGGAUUAAGCCUUUCUUCAAAGACGCCUCUGCUGAGUUUAUUAAACUGAAAUAGUCAGAACCAAUCUGAGGUCCAGUUGGUUAAAAUGUGUAUUUUAGUUUCCGUUUCUUUAGUCUCAAUUGUUGUUGUCAUUUCUUCACUGAUCAGAGAUCAACUGUCUUUAUGGAGCUACUUUGUCAUCUUGCUUGCUGUUGAUGAUGGUGUUUGGUUGGGUGCUGCCCCCACUUGUUUCUGUUCUGCUCUGGAGGUAAUCACUACUCAGGAGGAUUUUUAUUCACCUGAACCAAUUAUGUUAACAUUUAUAAUUUUGCCAGACCAAAUAUUGUUCAAAUCCAUGUACAGAUAAGAAACUGUAAUUAUGAUGAUCAUCAAUCAGGACAUUAGUAGUUAUUUUAUCAGACAAAGAUCAGAUUCUGAUCAAACGGAUUAUAGAAAAGAAUUAAAAGGAGCAGAAUAUUACUGGAGUCAGAGAUGCUGGGUUUGAAGAUAAGAAUUCAGAGUCUGCUGAGCGCUUUUCAUUUAAAUGACAUCAAAUAACUGACAGAAAGUUUCCUGCUGUGAACAUCACAUCUUUUUUUUUCAGAAGAUUUCAGAAGAUGUUGAAUAUAAGUAGAUAUGGUAAGAUAAUUUGAUCAGAAAAGCAACUGUUUUUUAUUAAUGUACUUUAGAUUAUUAUAUCAGAAAUACUGAAAGUAACAACACUAAAAUGUUUUAAUAAAGCAUCUGAUCUCUCUGUUUGGGUGUAAAAAAUAUUAUUGACCAGAACUCUGGUUACUUCGAUAUAUCCUGGUUCAUUAUUUGGACUGAAUGAUGUUUAUUUUUUUCUUUUCAUUUGAUGGUUUAUUGGUUUUAUCCUGCAAAAAAUGUUGUAACCUUAAUUGUUUAUUGCAAUUGAACAGAAAUCAAUCAAAGGUCCUGAGAUUACACUAGUAAAUAAACAACAGUGUUGCUUUUUUGGAAGCACAUAUUUUAGAGCCAUCAACUAUUUACAUUUAAUACUGUUAAUAAAUAAAUGAAAGCAAUGAUGUAGAUAGAUAAAACAACAGAUCAUCCAGAUAUCACAUGAAUUUCUUCUAUUGAUGGCUCGGCUCAAAUUUGAUCAAAGAUUCCCCUAAAGAUGUUUAAAUCUGAUCCUUGUGAGUAUAUCCUUCUUUCAAUUGAUUCCAGGAAAUAUCAAAAGAGAAAGAUUAGGUCAUAAUAGGGUUGGACAAUAAUGCAAUAACAAUAUAUAUCGGUCAAUAGAUGUAUUUCGAUGAUAGAAAAAAAGGGUAAAUAAAAAAUGUCAUUAUAACCUCCUAACCAAAAACAGACCCAGGAACUGGAUCUCAGCCAGCUCUGCCCCCUUCAAAGAGUUCAGAGAGCACGGGUUCUUUUUUUCUUUUUUGAAAACUUGCAGUUUUGCUAAAACGUUGCUGUUAUAAAGGGUAAAGUUUGAAUUCAGUGUUUGUUCUUUAUGUGAAAACUGGUCGCUAAGCAACAGCAUGAAAUGGCCUUCUUUAAAGAAGAUUGUA